UAGGCGCGGGAGGCAUACGUGGCUUUGGUACACGUAAGAUUGCGCGCCAAAGACCGAAAUAAAUCUAAACCCUUGUUCUUGUUCUUCUUCGUCUUCAUCGUCUUCUUCAUCUCUCUCCUCUCUGCAUCUGACACUCUAUAGACAUUGUUGAAAAAAUGAGUGCACCAGGUUCUUCUAGAUCUAUUCCAUUCAAAUCGAAGAAACGGUUAGUGAUGGAUUCGCCGUCUUCAAAAUCUCAAACCGGGAAUUCAAAUCCGUCUUCUGUAGCUUUACCAACGCCGGAGAAGCCGCUUGAGAACAUGCUUAGUAGAUCGAGAAACCGAUCUGUGGCUUUAUCAGUGAAAGAGAUUCGGCAAGCGGCUGGAUCUCGUCGUAGAUCUGAAGAUCCGGUUGCUUCAUCUGCCAAAAGCAAGCUCUUUUUUUCUCACAACGAUUCAUCAUCCUCUUCGCCUUCAAAACGAGUUAGCUCUAAUAAAAAUGCAGAGAAAGAGAAACUUCCGGAGAAGUACGAGAAUCUGGGAAAGUUCUUUGAAGCAUUGGAUAAUUCGAUCUCAUUAUCGAAAUUAAGAGGUUCUAAACCAACAUUUUCCAACAUUUCUAAACAAAUCGAGCAUUUAACCGAGAGGAGGUUUUGUUAUAGUCACUUGGCUCAAAUAAAGCAUAUAUUGCGAGAAGCGAUCGAGAUUAAGAGAGUAUUGAUACAUGAUGAAAGAACUUGCUGUAUGAAACCGGACCUUCAUAUUACCCUCAAUGCCGAUGCUGUUGAAUACAAAGACAAGUCGAAAUCCGAAAGUAAGAAAAUCGCUCUUCGGAAAGUGUUUCGGGCUAGACUUGCAGAGUUUGUUAAAGCUCACCCUCAGGGUGAUGAAGUUCCAGAGGAACCGCUUCCUGAGCCAUUCAAUAGGAGGAAACCAGAUGAAAACUCAAAAUUUGAGGUCAAGAGUGUUAGUUCUCUCAUGGAAGAGAUGGCUUCUAUUCCAGCAGCUACAUUGUUUUCAUCUCCCAUCACAUCAACUCCAGUCAAAACAAGUUCAAGUCCGGCCAAACCAACUUCGUCUCAGAUUAACAUUGCACCAACCCCAAGCAAACCAACUUCAACUCCUGCUAAACCGACUUCGUCUGAGAUUGACAUUGUGCCAACUCCAGUCAAACUAGUGUCAACUCUGGCUAAAAUUCCUUCAACACCGGCUAUAAUUGACUCAACACCAGUCAUUGCUGCUUCAACUCCACCUGAAUUUGCUUCAACUCCUGCCCGGCUCUUGAGUACGUCUCUGGCAGCUCGUCCGCUCAAAAGAAGCAGCGGUCAUUCAAAUCCAGAUGAUAUUUCUGCUGACCCACCGACUAAGCUCGUGAGGCGUUCCUUGUCUCUGAACUUUGAUUCUUAUCCUGAGGAUGAAAAAGCUGUGGAUUUCACAGAUGAUGAACCCAUUGAUCAAGUACCAGAAGAAGAAUUAUCCAGUGAUGAUGAAAUCCUCAGCAUACUUCCUGAUAAACUUCGACAUGCGAUAAAAGAACAAGAGAGGAAAGCGAUUGAGGACCGAAACCCAGCAAUCUCUCUGGCAAAAAGAAGGCGAAAGAUGAUCGCUUGUCUACCCAAACUUUUCAAUGUCAUCCAUUACUUAAUUCAAUCGAUAAGGCGUUGGGUAAUCACAAAAGAAGAGCUUGUGCACAAGAUCAUCGCUGGCCAUUCUGAUAUUACUGACAGAAAGGAAGUUGAAGAACAACUUAUCUUACUGCAAGAACUUGUCCCGGAAUGGAUGUCUGAGAAAAAAUCAUCAAGUGGAGAUGUGCUAGUAUGCAUAAACAAAUUGGCAUCUCCCAUAACAAUCCGAUCACGUCUUGAAGAAGAAAACAAGCAAGAGAUGGCUCCACUGGUUUCUUGAGGUCUUGGUUCCAUCGGCCUGUGGUUACUUCGGUUUCUAACUCUUUUUGGACUGCCAAAUAUGUUAGUCUAUUCAUGAGACAAAUGUGUAGAGACUAGGUAUAAAACUCUUUAGUACGGAAAUGUAUAAGGUUGAAAACUAUUUAGAAAGGUGUUUUUAUCUAUUUUCAAAUUUUGACCAUUAAGUUAUUUCUCUAUCAAUAAAGAUUCAUUUUAUGCAUUUUGUAACA